GUUGGUGUGGUUAUCAUUGCAGGCCAAGCUCUGCUCCAACUCGCUCACAUCCAACAGACUAUCCUCGCCAACUCGACGACUCAGCUCGCCCACCAAGGUAACGUGUUUGCUCACGUUGCCAGAGAGCUUGCGGAAUUCGGGGUAGUCCUCCACGAACCGCUUCAUGUCGGCAAUGGAAUCGAUAUUCAUGGUGCUUUGUGUCUUGACCUGGUACUGCUCGACGUAUUCCUUGAUGUUCUGUCCCAGAUCGCCAAAAUUCUGGUACAUGUUCUUCUUGAAGAAGGGAUCCUGGUCUUGAGCGAGAACAAUCUCCUGCAGCUCUGGUCGAAUGUCCGGUACGUCGCGCAAAUCAACUCGCCCAUUAUUGAUGCCGAGAAGCUCGUGCACCAUAGCCUGAUAUGUCCAUUGUGAAAGCAGGGGCGUGAUAGGGUCGUCGCGACGGUCCAGAAUCAGUAGGAUGGGCGGCGUGUCCGUCCGGCGGAAAUUAAACAACUGCUCCUCCUGCGUUAUAUGGUAUCGAACUUCUGUCGCCAGUUUCCGAGCUAGAAGACUGUUCUUCUCGUAUCGGAUCAAUGGGUUCUUUUUCAGCGACAGCAGCAGAGCCAGAGUUCCUUCCGUAGCCCGUUGCAACGAGUCCGGAUUCCAUAGAUCUGGCGAAUGGCUCCAUAGUCGUGACAGCGGGAAUCCGAGAUUCAGCGUGCACAGGUCCGGGUUGAUGACGAGGAAAUCGGCAAACUGUUCCUGCACGCACUGCACGACUUCGUGACUGUCCGCCUCGGCGAGUCGCUCGAGGGAGGACUUGCGGAUAAUGUUGCUCAGGUAAAUGUAGUAUUCGCCGUACUUGGGCUCGCGAAGCUCAUCGAUAAGGAGCUGGAUCGAAUUUGGGGAAGGGCGCACGAAACACAAGCAUCGCAGAUGGCGCAUCUUCUCGCGCGCGGCGUUGUCCAGGCGGUCAAUAAGGUAGACUUCAUGAUUCAGGAGGGCGGAUUGGGUGAUGGCGGUCGAGACAAUGGACACCUGGGUGAACAGUGGUUAGUCUAUCAUAGCCCAGACACGUAUUUAGUCAAGCGCAAGUCCCACUGUCUCACUAUCCAAAAGCAGGAUCUUCAUCUUGGUAGAUGACGACCCUGAAGCCGACUCGCCGGCCGUCACCAUCUUGGAGAUGUAGCCCGAGACGGCCGCGACGACGUCCAUGGUGGAGGGAGAAUGCGCCUGGGCGCGGACGGUCAACGGAAAAGAAAGGAAGAAAUGAGGAAGCUCGAAAGAGGUGUUGCAGCUGAUCUCGGUGCGUCGUGUCGUGGCGUGUCCGCGGGGGAAGGUGGAGAAGGCGAGGUUGGUUGAAUGUUGGGUGCAUCCGCUUUUUCCACAUGACGUCCCUCCCCCGUCGAUCUCUUGACGCCAGUUUUCCUCCUCCUUGGCUUUCUUCUUUUCCAGCGUGCAUGCGUUGUUUCCUUCUAAACACCAGUCUUCUAUCUGGGUCGACACCAUGUUGCCCUAUAUAGACGCUUUGUUUAGCUACCCUGCUCAGCUCACAGGCGCGUCGGUGGAUGAGCUCAAGCUGAUCGCUUCGUUCCUCCUCUCCUAUCCGCUCGCCGGCCUACUAAAACGAAUUCCCGACGCCCAGCCCUGGAAAAAGAAUGCCUUCAUUAUCGUUGCCUCGCUCUUCUACAUCGUCGGCCUUUUCGACCUAUGGGAUGGCCUUCGUACACUUCUUUACAGUGCGGCUGGCACCUAUGCGAUUGCAUACUAUGUGGAUGGCUCGCUGAUGCCUUGGAUUGGGUUCAUCUUCCUCAUGGGCCACAUGUCAAUAAGCCACAUUUACCGCCAAAUCAUGGACGAUGCGCAGGUUGUGGAUAUUACCGGAGCACAGAUGGUUCUGGUCAUGAAAUUAUCUUCCUUCUGCUGGAACAUUCAUGACGGUCGCCUGCCACAAGAACAGCUAUCGGAUGCGCAAAAGUACUCUGCAAUUACCGAGUUCCCCAGCAUCGCCAACUACCUAGGCUAUGUGCUUUUUUUCCCAUCGCUGUUUGCCGGUCCUUCCUUCGAGUACGUGGACUACCGCCGCUGGCUGGAUACGACCCUGUUCGAGAUCCCGCCAGGCACAGACCCGGCCAAGGUGCCCCCGACCAGGAAGAAGCGCAAGAUUCCGCGCAGCGGCACCCCUGCUGCAAAGAAGGCUGCCAUCGGCCUGUUCUGGAUCUUUGCCUUCCUAAAGCUGGGCUCCUGGUUCACUAUUGACUUUGUGCUGUCCGAUGCAUUUUUGAAGUACUCCUUCCCUCGCCGUGUCUUCACCGUGUACAUGCUCGGCUUUACCACGCGAUUGAAGUACUAUGGUGUGUGGUCUUUGACCGAGGGUGCAUGUAUCCUGUCUGGCAUGGGAUACAAUGGCUUCGAUCCCAAGUCAGGCAAGGUUUUCUGGAACCGGCUCGAGAACGUCGACCCGUACAGUCUUGAGACUGCCCAAAACUCGUAUGGCUACCUUGGCAGCUGGAACAAGAAUACUAACCACUGGCUGCGCAAUUAUGUCUACCUGCGUGUCACGCCAAAGGGCAAGAAGCCGGGUUUCCGUGCCAGCAUGGCUACCUUUGCGACCAGUGCUCUAUGGCACGGUUUUUACCCCGGGUACUACCUGACCUUUGUGCUGGGCUCCUUCAUCCAGACCGUUGCAAAGAACUUCCGUCGCUAUGUUCGCCCCUUCUUCCUCACACCGGACGGCUCCAAGCCGACGCCCAACAAGCGAUACUACGACAUCCUCAGCUGGGUAGUCACCCAAUUCACCCUCGGCUUCGCUGUCCUCCCAUUCAUCCUCCUCAGCUUUAGCGACUCAAUGACCGUCUGGUCCCGAGUAUACUUCUACGGUAUCAUCGGCACAGUAUCCUCCCUCGCUGCCUUUGCCUCUUUCUCCCCAGUCAGGGCAUAUCUAGUCGGUCAACUCAAGCGCCGGAACCGGCCUCAUGCCCCGCGCACAAUGAGCCAGGAGACCGUGCGCCCACCGACAUUGGGUCUACCAAACGACCCGGAGCGUGACUUUGAUGAAGCCGUUGCAGAGAUCAGGGCGGAGAUUGAGUCGAGACGUCGGAGGGGCAGUGUGGUUACCAUGCCUACUGGAGAGGAGUUGAAGAUUGCCGUUGAGCAGAAGAUUGGACGGAAGCUGUAGGCUGUAGUCCUUGGUUGGAUUUGCUUGUUUGACUUGUCAGAGCUUGUAUAGAUAUGGGGACCACGUAUGAGAUAGCUGGCUCAUGGGUCUCGUUGGGACUAGAACGGCCUGGGUCCGUUCCGGGUGUGUUUUUGCGAGUCGUGUUUAGAGAGUGCAUUGCUUCUCGGUUUUUAAUAACGAUGAAUGUCAGUUCGGUUUGCAGAUAAUAUGGUGCGACAGAAAGAAAAGUCCUGAUUAUACAAGAUUCCAUACACGCGGGCUGUAUUGACUGAUAGGCAUGAAUACCAAUGGUGUCCAUAUGUCCCAUGUAUCUCCGAGGAGGAUGCGCGUGUAUCAGUGGAAGGUAAACAAGCGGUACCUACCGGUGGCAGUUUUCAAGUAUUUUUGUGGCCUGGACCCCUAAAGCAAAAUACUUU